UUAAUCUUUCUCAAAACCUGCAUUUUAUCUCAACUCUUCACACAGUUUUGUAAAAAUGUUAAUCGUGCUUUUAUCACUUGUUCUAGUUUGUGUCUCUAGCAAAAGUUUACCACCAGAAAUCCAAAAAUGCCGAAAAUUUGACCCAAAACUGGGCGAAUGUUUAGCUGAAAAAGUCGGUGACGCACUGCACAAGUUUAAACAAGGUAACAAGGAACUGGGAAUUGUUCCUCUGGAACCUCUUGUUGUACCAAAAUUGGAGUUUGGAAAUUCUGGUGGUGGAUCAGUUGCUAUAAAACAUGAGUACGAAAACUUGAAGCUGUUUGGAAUAUCAACUUUUACUUCAUACGACUCCGAGGCGAAUUUCAGUGAUGCAAACUGCUACUGGCGGUUCAAAAGCCACGCAGAGGUUGUCCGAAUGGAAGCUGAUUAUAAAAUGAGUGGGCAACUGUUACUUUUCCCCAUAAAUGGGCACGGGAAAUGUAACACUACUUUGUAUGAAUGCGAAGCUGUGUACGACACAAAGUGUGAAAAAUACGCAAAAAAGAAUCAAAAACACAUUCGUGUGACUGAUUUUAUUCUGAAAAUAAAGCCGAAAAGGAUUGUUUUUGAUUAUGAGAAUCUGAUCGACGGGAAUGAACAGUUGAGCAACGAAGUUCUAAAGACGGUUAACGAAAAUUCCGAGCAAGUGUACGCAGAUGUGGGGCCAGUUUUUGACGAAGCUAUAGCGAGGAUCGAAAAGGAAAUUGUUAAUCAAGUGUUUUCCAGAGUGCCAGAGGAUGAGUUGUUUUUGCCCUAGAUAACUUAUUGUAUAUAUUUUAUGAGUUUGAUUAUUUUUCACAAAACGACACAAUUUUUCACAUUGAAAUAGGUCUUUCGUUUCCGUCUGUCUGUUUGUCCGUCUGUCCGUCUGUCUGCCGUCCCGGAUUUUUAUUCUAACCAACUCACCAAUAAUGUGAGUCACUUCAAGAUUCUUAGUUUAUAUGUUGUAAAGCAACUUAAGUGUGCCAUUGAUAAAUAUAUAAUGAUAACAAAGAUUUUUAUAAAGUA